AUGUUUGCUCUCACCGUUUCCGCCAUUCUCACUGGAGUUACAGGCUUAGAGCCCACGGACUCCGAAGACGCUCCGUACCACUACACCUUCAAAGUCCUCUGCACGUCAUGCCGCGAAGAGCACCCCAAGAUGGUGAGCUUCCAUAGAUGGGAAAAGCACACUCUGUCCGGAAGCAGAGGCGAGGCGAAUUUUGUCUGGAAGUGUGGCUUUUGCAAUCGUGAAAACUCCGCUUCGUUCACCACCGCCCCCACAGCGUAUACCGAGUCCCAAACUCAGCAGUCGAUCGUGCACAUUGAUUGCCGCGGUCUCGAACUGACCGACUUCCAGCCAGAUGGCGAAUGGCAAGCUAAAGGCGCAGAGUCGAACACUAAGUUUGCCAACAUCGACCUGCAGGACGGGGAAUGGUAUGACUACGACGAGAAAGCCGGCGAGGAAGUGAGUAUUACCGGCCUGAAUUGGGAAGUCAAGAGAGUCUAG